CAUAAGCAAAUGUUAUUAACAUAUCUAAUACUGUAUACACUUUUAGGAAUAACAAGGACGCCCGGACAUCGCGAACCCAGUACCAACAAAUGGUAGAUGAGUUGGAAAAGGUCCCUGACAUCGCCAGAGGGAUGUACAAAGGUGACCUGACCGCUUUCUGGGAGGAAAUGGCUGAGCACCUUAACGCCCUGGGACCGCCGAUAAGAACGGGUGCAACGUGGAAGCGGGUGUGGUUCGAUUACAAAUGUGCGUUAAAAAAAAUUGCGUUUGAAUAAAGCAUCUUUGUUGGCCACUGGUGGCGGUCCGUUCCAGCAAAGGCCAUUGAACGACGUAGAAGAAAGAGUGGCCGAU